AUGAACAUCUUCGCCUCCCUCUUCGUCUCCGUGGCCGUCAUCCUGGCCCUUACUCUGUCGUCGUCUACCCUGGUGGCCGCCCAGGACCCCGAGGUGUGCACCAUCUGCGAGUUCGCCGUUCAGUACGUCGAUGGCUUCCUCCAGCAGAACUACACCCAGGAGCAGAUCAUCAGCGCGCUCGAGGCCGUGUGCGCCGCGCUCGGUCCCGUGGGCCAGUCGUGCGAUCAGUUCGUCGUCACCUACGUGCCCGCCAUCAUCAACUACCUCGCCAGCGGAGUCUCCCCCCAGGCCGCCUGCGCCCUGGUCGGUGCCUGCUCGUCUACCGUCGCCGUCGCCGACCAGGCCUUCAAGCCCAUCAACACCCUCAAGAUCAACUAG